CUAUUUUUUGUUCUGUUUUCUGUUCAGUUUAUCUUGUUUUCGUGUUGUUAGUCACACUGUCACUGCGUUCUGAUUUCUGAAAUUCAACAAUAAUUAAGGUAGAUUUUCCAUUAGAUGGAAUACAAAAUAGUUCUAUAAUUAGAUGGAAAUAUACGUCGCUUUUAAGUAAUAAUAAAAUUAAGGAAAGAUUAAUUACAGCGAAUGUAAGGAAACUGAGUACUUAGGGAAAUAAUUGUCCAAGAGUAAACAAGGAUUUACACAUAAAAAUGACUGCUUUAUCAUGGUUCUUUGGUGGGAAGAAGAAAGAGGAGAAACCGGUUACAGUGGAGGCCGUUGAGGUGGGUAAUGAUGAGGACUAUACGAUCAUACAGGCCUAUCCCAACCAGCCUGGACUCUACCCCCAGAUGCCACAGUCACUCUACCCCACAUCUCAGUUCUACACGCCUCUGCCAUACUCAGUGCUGCCACAACGACAGGACCAGCAACCCGCAGGGAGCGUCGCAGUCAGAGCUAAUCCUCAGAACCAAUUGGAUGGCGUUCCUUUCGUCUUAUCCCCCAAGCUGGAGCAAGGCUCUAGCCAGUCUCAGAUACCUGGACUAGAAGAUCUCAGACGUGCGGUAUUCCAAAUCGCGGCUGACAUAAAUGAUCCUAUGUUUCAAUACGAAUUCAAUCUGGAACAAUCGGUUAUGCAGGAGGCGUCCUUGUAUAAUCGCGACAGUGCCUAGACAGUGGACUGUCACUAAAUGACCUUGUUUUGUGUACAUAAUAUUUUAAUGGAACAAAUUAUUUUGUGUGUACAAAGUAUAUAUUUUGUUAAUCACCUUCUAAAAUAUUUUAAUUUUAAAAGAAUUGUGAUAUGCGCCUAAACAAGGAGUAUUGACAAACAACUUCAUUGAUAUGUGUCUAUUUUAAAAAGCAUUAUAUUCAUAUGUUUGUUAUAUAUUGAAUAUUUGUGUUGGUAUGCAGUAAAAUUAGUCUUUCUAAAUUUUUGUUCGUAUUGAAUUAGAACUUUUACUAAUUUAAUCAAUAUAUAAAUUGACAUAGAAGGAAGUUUUCUUUUCAGAUAACAAGAUAAAUAAUUUCAAAUUGUAAGAAUAAACGAUUAAAAGCGAUGACUUUAUAUUUUAAUAUAUUUACGUAUUUUAAGCGAGUUUAGGUAACUUAAUUUAGCGAAUCAACAUUAUUAUGUAACAGUAGGUCGAACAUAUUAGCUCAAAACAUUAUAUUUUAUAUUUAAGGUAUGAACGUGUUACACACAUCUUAUCUAACUACGUGUUAAAACUUUAUCUGUGAUGUUUUUAUUAAUAUUAUUGUAAAUUCUUAUAAGACGAAGCUCUCCUUAGUAUCCCUCAAAAUUUGUAACCAACACAUCACAUUUCUACAGUAGGUUCUUGACAAGGCUUUCAGUGAUCUGUUUGGCAAAGUCUGCCCACUGAUGCUUUGCCUGUAACACGAGGAUGUGUAGUGGUGCUUGUGUUGGAGGCAAUUCUCAUUUUAAUAUUAUAGGCCUAAGUGAAAUUCACUUUUUCUGGUGGUUUCAAAUUCUUUGCUUGGAUUAUUUGGUAUUGAGAACACCAUCUUUUCAGCUGGUGUUCUUGUUGUUGGCUUGAUGAAAGCAAUCUUGUGCACUUAAAUACACAUUCUCCUCACUCACUAUUAGUAAUCCAAAACAUUGUAGGGAUUAACUAUAAAAUUAAUAUGAGGCUUUGUCAAUGUUUAGCAUUCCCAUGUGUAAUCAUUUUAUUGAAAAAUCCACGCCUAAAGUUUUACUUGGAAUAGGUCAACAGAACAGAAACCAAUAAAUGCAACUAAAACGACAAACAAUUCUAAUCCUGUAGGAAAUUUAUUAUAAAAGUGAGUAGGUAAAAUUGAAUUAAAUUUGAAAACAAGGAUUAGUUAAUAAUAAAAAGUUAAUUGACUGAUCUUAUGACUUAUUGUCAUAAUAUACAAAAAAGUAUAUGUACUCUACAACACAAAUAACUACUGUAACAUUGGUUUGAGUCAUUUUAAUCUCUAAAAAUGUACACCAAGAUGUAAUUUUAAAUAUUUCCUGUUCUGCUAUAUAAGUGUCAAACAAUACAAAAUGAACAAAUGUUUAUAAUUGCAAUUUUCUUUCUCGAAUGUAAGCAAUGUAUACAGACAGAUUUACAAUUAAUAUCGUAGGUUUAUUUCACUAAUUUUUAUAUUUUAAGAAGCGAAAUGUGCAAGUGGCUCUGAACAUAAUAUUACAGUAUCAAUAAAAUUACAGACAAUUCAAUUAGUGAUAUUGCCCAUUUCAUUUUUUUUUACUUGUUUAAUUCUUCUACAAGCAUUUGUUAAUUUUUCUUUGUGUUCUCAAUAAUUGUAGCACCAAUUAAUUAAAAACGUCGGUUAGUGAGAUUAAUUCUGGAACAUUUUCCAUCUUAUUUGUCAGUGAUUCCUCAAAGUCAGCAGCU